UAUUCUGAAAAUGGACAUGAUACUUAAAUUUUCAAUUUCAUUUACUUAUCCAUUAUUCACAAUCAGUUUUACUGUGUGAUGGAAAGCUCAAAGUAACUGAAACCGUUAAUGUCUGCAUUACAUUUGUUUAUUUGUAUUUUGUGGGUAUUGUUGUUGAAUUUUAAAAUGUAGUUAUACAUUUAAUGAAAAUUUUAAAAUUUUGAGAUUGCUUUACUGCUAGUAGUUUUACUUUUUUUUUUGUUCUGAAUGAACUUUAUUCUAGUUAUUUUGACAUUAUUUAAUGGUAUUAUUUUUGCUUGUAUUAAUUGCUGUUAAAAGUCUGCGAUUGUUAUUAGGAAGCAGAGAUCUACUAAUCUAACUUCAGAAAUCUAAGAUGGACCGUGAAAAGAAACAACUUAAAAGAUCGGCCAACAAAGUCAAGCCGCUCCAUGUAUCUGAUUUCAUUGCAUUGGGAUCCAAGACUACCACAAAUAGACAAAGUGAAUUGAGUGAGCAAAAAAUAAAAACCAAGUCUUCAUUAAUAUCCUCAUCAACAUCUGAAAGGAAGGGAGAAUCAUCUGGUGCUAGCUCAUCUGCUGUUCCAGCUAAGAAAACAAAAAUUUCAUCUUCUGGAUCCCACAUUAAACGUAUUGGAUCAAUUGGCAGAAAAGAAGCUGUCAAAAGUGAUGAAUGGGACACAGUGGCGAUUGAAGUGGACUCAAAUGAUUUGGUUAAUAAAGUUCUUGAAGCUGAGGAUUGUAGUGAUGAUGAAAAAGUUGAAGCUUUGAUAUGUGGUGCAGUAAAAAAGUUAAAAGCAAGUCGUUCAAAAUUUGAUGCCCCACUGUAUUUGGGUCUACAAUAUUUAGUAAAAUCUAGACCGUUUCUGUUUUGUUCAGAACUUACAAUUGAAGCAUUUUGUAGUUUACUAAAGCGAGAUACAAGUGUGAACUUUAAAUCAAAAGGAAGUAAUUUGGUUUCUAUUUUAGCAGCUAACAUUUUGAUGGCUGCAUAUAAAGAUGAAAGUAGUUGGCCAGAACUUUUUGUGAAAGCGUAUAUUGAAGAUUCUUUGGGAGAAAGGACUUGGGUUGAUCAUGACUACUGUAAAGGAUUUGUCGAUAACAUAUUAACAGCUUUUAAUACCAAAGCUAUUCCUAGAAGUAUGAUGAUUCCAGAUCGGCUUUUCAAACCAGAAGCAUGUCCGAGUCCACCUACUUUAUUGGGAACAGAUGAUGAUGAAUCUUGUUCAAGUUUAUCCAUGGAAAUUCAAGAAAAUUUAGAUUCAGUUGCUGUGUUUCCAAGAUAUGUUUAUAGUGCUGAAGAACUUUCAUCACAUGUUGUAGAAGUCUUCAAAGAACAAAUGACUCGUCGGCAACCUUCUGAAGUACCAAGGAAUACUUUACGGUUUCUUGUGUCUACUUGUGGUAUCAGUGAAGUUAGAUUGCACGUUUCUCAAAAACUAGAAUUGUGGCUUCAGAACCCUAAGCUAACAAAACCUGCUCAAGAAUUGUUGUUGGCAGUGUGUCUAAAUUGCAAUCAGCAUAAUCAGCAUGAUGUAGAAGUAAUUAGCCAGUUAGUAAAGAUUCGAAUCAAGGCAAAACCAAUUAUAAAUCACUAUCUUCAAUGCAUGAAAGAAUUGAUUGGGCAACAUCCAGAAAAUUUGAGCUCAUUACUUAAACAUGCCAUCUAUAAUGAACUUUCUAAUUCAAGAAAUCCCAACAAUAUGCAGCUGUUAGCUAUCAUUUUUCAACAUUCUCCCGAUCGAGCUGCUACAGUUCUGGCUGAAGUUUUUCUAGAUCUGUUGUGUAAUAAGGAUGAUUACUUGAGAGCUUUAAGGGUGCUUUUAAGAGAAAUUGUACGCACUGUGAGGCAUGAUUUGAAUUUUUCGUUAUUUUGUAUGGGUCUGAUUCAAGAAAAGAGGGAUCCUGCAUUUCAUGAAUUAGAAUUACCUCUAAAGGAAAGGGUUUUUCUGUCCAUAACAGAUUUAAUUGUAUUAGCUAUCUUCUUAGGUAUUAGCCCUGCUGUAAAAGAGCAGUAUUCUAUGAGCCAGAGAGGUGAGAAAAAGGACUUAACAGCUCUUAGAAACUAUCAGAUGCAAGUCUCUAAUAUACAAAAAGAUGCUGUUGGGUGGAUGCAUUCAACUGUUCCCAAAGUAUACAAGCCUGGUCGAAAUGAAUUUAUCCAUUGUAUUCAUAAAGUUCUUUUUAUGGAGCAAAUUGAGCAUUAUUAUAAUAAAGAUAACUGGCCUACAGAAAAUGAAAGAAUGCUUCUGCUUCGUAUAGCUUCAGAAGUGCCACUUCUUGAAGAGACCUUAAUGAGAAUACUUAUUACAGGUCUUUCAAGAGAUCAUUUAGUAACAGCACAUGAUGCUUUAGAACUUGCUGAUCAACUUGUCAAAAGAGCUGCGAUGACGUAUUUUGAUAAUUUUCCUGUUUUAGAUUUUGAGAACACAGAAUUGUGUGAUGUUAUUUUCAACUUAUGUGCAUAUCAUCAUCCUGAAAACAUUUCUUUACCACAAGGUUAUCAUCCCCCUAAUUUGGCAAUAUCCGAAUUGUAUUGGAAAGCAUGGUCUAUGCUUUUAAUCAUCAUUUGUCAUAAUCCAACAACGUUUGGCGACAUGGCUUGGAAAACAUGCCCUAUGCUUAGAAAUUUAAUGGAAAUGUGCAUUACAAAUCAAUUUGUUUUUCCACCACCUACAAUGGCACUUGGAGAAAAAGCUGAAGAGAUACGAAAUCGAGAACUUCAGAUGAGUCAAAUAGAGAAAGAGGAGAUCCUUCUGUUUGAAAGUCAUUUGGCUGCUGCAUCAACUAAAGUAACCAUAACAGAAUCUAACAGCCUUUUAAUAUCAAAACUUAUUUCUAUGGACCCUCAUGGUCCAGCAAGAAAACCACCUGCUGUAGUUCUAGAACAACUCAAGACCAUGAAUGCCAAAUUGAAGCUUGGUGAUUUACUUUGCCAUAGUCGUAAUCCAGAUUUCUUAUUAGAUGUGAUUCAAAGACAAGGGACCACUCAGUCAAUGUCCUGGCUAAGUGAGUUAGUAGAAUCAAGUGCUAGUUCUUUCAACAUGCUACCAGUUCAAUGUCUGUGUGAGUUUUUAAUUAGCGAUGGUGGAGCUGCCAAUGAAUCAGGCGAUGAUGCUGAAAAGAAUCAAGCUAAAAAGAAAAAAAAGCAGGAGCAACUUCUGUUUCAUUUGCAGAAACUCUUACAUGAACCUGAAAGUGAACCACAUGAUACAGUGGAAGUAAUCAGCUAUUUUAUGAAGCGGUUAAGUUCGCAGCAAACUAGUGCCCGAACAUUAGCUCUGAAAGGCUUAGAUAUGCUUUUAACCCAGCCUAAUAAAUCACCUGCUUCAGAAGAUGAUGAUAUAAUCCAGAAAAGGGAGGAUGGCGAACAUCAAUGGCUGUUAAAGAGUAUUCCAAAUCUUAUACACUUUGAUGUAAUUAGAUCACAAAUAAGUAUAUUUUUACGUCAGGCUUGUCAGAUUGAGAAUGAUCCACAGAUUAUUGCAGCCUACGUAACCUUUUUAGCAACUCAUACACCAGAUCAUAAUCUUCAAGAGUUUGCUGACUUAGCUCUUGAUAUGGCACAGAUGAUUGUUGAGAGACCAACAAUUGUUAAUACUAUCCUACCAGUAGAAGGCACAGGUUGUGAACAAAAUGAUUUUUUGUCUUCUGUCUCUGAAAUAUUUUUUAAGUAUUUAAGUGCUGCAAAAAUUCCCUCAAAAGAAGUAUAUUCUUGGUCAGAAUCUCAAGAUCAAAUAUUAAUUCAGUGGCCUUCAGGUGAAUCAGCAACUAUGCAUAUAUUAGUAGUCCAUGCAAUGAUAAUUGUCUUAACUUAUGGUCCUCCACUCUAUGGAAAUCGAACUUAUUUUGAUGCUUUGUUAGAUAUUUGGUUUCCAAUAAAUGCUGAGCAACCUAAAGCUUUUCUUGUAGACACAUCUGAAGAAGCUCUGCUAUUACCUGAUUGGCUGAAAUUGCGAAUGAUACGAUCAUCGGUAGGAGUCUUGGUGGAUGCAGCAUUGAAGGAUUUAGAUCCAUCUCAAUUAGUACUUUUUAUUCAAUCGUUUGGUAUCCCAGUAGCUAGUAUGAGCAAACUUUUAAGAACUUUAGAUUUAGCAGUAGAAAUGGAUAGUUUCUCAGUUGAGCAAGCUGUUUUAGAUAAAUGUUACAUGUCACAGCUUGUUGAAGUACAGCAUAGAAGAGGAGCAUCUGGUGGCGAGAAGUUUGCUAAGUUAUUAUUGGAUAAUGAUGCAGCUGAAAUAUCAAUGGAUUCAGAAGCUGUACAGAAUCAAACUCCUGUUAUCCAAAGGGCUCCUCCUAAACUUCCAACUGCAAUUGGUGUUGAAUCUGUCUCUAUUUCAUUAGUAAAAUUGCUUGGAUUAAAUACUUCGUAUGGGAUUCUGAGUGCAAAACAAGAACAAGAAAUUUUUAAAGGUUUACAGAAAGCAUUGUCAAAAGAUAUUUUAGAUAACACUUCUGAAAGUGGUGCUAUUAGCGUCUUUAUCCUAACAUGUGAACAAAUCCUACGUAGUGAUUCAAAAAUGGCAUUUUUGCAAGCGUUGCACAAAAAAUCUUAUUAUUCUUCAGUUUUAUUUCGCCUUGCCACAGCCUCUCAAUCAAAAGCUGAUAUUACAAAAAGCCAGUUGGCUCAAAAGUUAAAAUGGAUUUGCCAACAAAUUAUUUAUGUUUUAUCUUCAACAAGUUCCUCUCUGCUCACUGUUGCUUCUCAGUUUUACAAUAAGCACAAGCCUCCAGAGACUAAAAAACCUGUUCCAUGGAAAACAUUUGUCCAACAAUAUACUGUAUACAACAGUGAAAAUAUAAAGAAAAUUGUCCAAUUAGCAGAAACUGAAGAUUCAUUGCGGCUAGAAGAAGUGAUGCAAUACCUAGUAAAGAAAGCUAUUUCUCAUGGAGAUACAAAUCCUUUAAUGAAUGCUAUGACAAAUAUCACAAUUAAAAGGCUAACUUCUAGUACUGGCUCUUCUAUCAGGACAUUCAGUCGUUCUAAAUUCUGUUUCUUUGUUGAUUGGCUCGAGUGUUUAGAACCUAAAAUAAUCAGCUCUUUCCCAGAAUCCCAGUGCCAUUUGCUUUUCUCUUUAAUCAGCCCCCAACAAGAACCAAUAAUUGUUCCUUUUAGGCCUUAUUUAUUAGCAUUACUUAUUCACCAGUCUAGCUGGGAUAUACUUUGCUAUUACAUUCAGAUUGUCUUAAACCCAUCAAGAACAGACAUGAAAUUCGAUCCCUCAUCUGUUUUAGAUUUCUUGUAUGCUUGCAUAUACAUUCCAAAAAUAUGGCAAGGUCGUUACAAGAAGAAUAAAGGUGGGUCUGAAGAAGAUAUUUUAGCCUUGACAGAAUUACAAAUACAGUCUGUUAUUGGUUAUAUUUUAGAAGAAGCUCUGGAGAAAUCUCCAAAAGAAGAAAUUGAAAACUUGUCUGUACCUACUUUUUCAAACUGUUUUUCAUCCAUAGAAGAACGAAUGGGUUUAUUAAUGAAGUGCCUUGCACUUAAAAUAUCCUUAAUUAAUUCUUCUGUUAAUUAUUUGCUGGAAUUGAUAACAGAAGGUGGAAUAAAAGGCAAACUUGGUCACGAGUUAUUACUUCAAGCAUAUCAUCAGAUUCCAUCAAUACUCAGUCUCAUUCCUGAUACAGUGUCAUUCUUAUCAGAAAGUUCCAGUGAAAUGAAAUCACAUCACUGUAAGCUGGACAUUAUCUCUCAUACUUUGUUGCUUUCUUUGGCUAGAACUGAUGCUAGCAAGCAAUGUUUAACUAAAAUGGUUCGCAUUGAAUUCAUAUGCAAGAAAAUGGCUAGCACCCAUCCAGUUUUGCUUUUGAGACAGUUACCUAUGAUGAUUACAUUAUUGAGAGGAAGAGUCCAUCUUGAGUAUCCAUUGUUCCGCCAGCAAAAUCAUGUUGCACUUUUUAGUUGUUAUCUUAGUAUCAUUGAACUUUUGCCUCCUUUUCUCUUUAAACCAGAGUAUAUUACAAAUUUAAAUGAUAUAUUGUCACUUUAUAUGGAAGUAUUUCAAACAUAUGGUUCACAAAAAGAAAUCCUUCAUCUUUUGAAUCGCUUUUUUGGAUUUUUAAUCUUAUAUUUGUCUUCUAAACCAUCACAAGCUCGUCAAUUUAUCCAGCAGUACAUUGAUGUUCUGCAAGAUCUAGCAUCACUUCAUCCGGACUUCAUGAAUUUUCGCUCCAUUCUUACAGGGUCUUGCAUGCAUUAUUAUGGUGCUUCAGGAUCUGAAGAAAAAGUGGAGCCUUCAUUACAUGAUGUCAUUGCUGGAUUACAGUUCCAGAGUGUAUCCCAAACCCACAUCCCAGCUAUUGCUAAUCGUUUGUCACAAGGAAACUCUGAGGAAAUUUCCAUGGCUUUACAAGAACUUGAAAAUAUAUCCAUUAAAAAGCCAAUGGUUUUGGAACAUGUUGUGGACAAUUUGAAAAAUUUGAUGCAAGACAAUAACACUCAACACAGAAUGACAGCUUUUAACUUACUCAUGAGAUAUGUCAAAAAUAAUCCAAGUAAAGGAAGGUUAUUUAUCUCCACUUACCUUCAAUGUUUAGAAAGUGAUCAAGUUGAUGUUGUCUUGACAGCUCUUGAACAUUUACCCGAAUUUACUGUUUUAGUCCAAGAAUAUGCAAUAGUAUUAUUGCAAAAGACUUUUAAUGUUGGCAUGGUUAAAAAUAUUAAUACAGCUUCGCAAAUAAAAGCAACCAUGUCUUAUUUGGUAUCUCAGUCUGGAUGUUAAUGUAAAUAAAUUACCAUAGUAUGUUCAGUUACCUGAAUUAAAUAUGUCAUUAUAUA